AUGUCUAUCAAGCUUCAGCCAGCAGGUGUUUCCGAAUGCCCAGUGUUCCCGACCGAGGUGGUCUUCGCCUUGGACGUGUCAAAUGACGUCUCCCAGUUGGAUUUCGAGAGGAUGAGAGGCAUUUUACUAUCUCUGUUGAUGAAGACAGAAAUCAGUGGGAGUAACUGCCCCACGGGUGCCCGGGUGGCCAUCGUCUCCUACGACAGCAAAACAGAUUACGUGGUCUCUGACCAUAAGGGGAGGCCCGCACUCCUGCAGGAGGUCAGGGGACUCGCCCUGGCAGGGUCCUCUAGCAGCAGGAACCUUGGGGACUCCAUGAGGUUUGUGGUGAGACAUGUAUUCAAGCGCGUGCGCGCGGGCCGCCUCCUGAGGAAGGUGGCCGUGUUCUUCCAGGUGGGCUGGAUCCAGGAUGCAGGUUCCAUCAGCACAGCCACGCCGGAGCUCAGUGCGCUGGACAUCACCUCUGCGGUCAUCACCUUCACAGAGGACCGCAACCUCCCAGACGCCCUACUGAUGGAUGGAACCAACAAAUUUCAUCUGUAUGUCUGGGAGACAGAGAACCAGCAAGACGUGGAGAACAUGGCCCACUGUACUCUCUGCUAUGAUCAGUGCAUCCCGGCCCCGAAGUGCGGGCUGGGCUAGCCCAGGCCGCUGGCAGUGGACGCGGACGUGGCCUUCGUGGUGGACAGCUCCGUUGGCAUGGGCACCGACCUCUACCGCACAGCCUUGACUCUGGUGGACACCAUGCUCGACAACCUCGAGGUGGCUGCGCAGCCGAGCAUGUCCCCACGCGGGGCCCCCACAGCCCUGGUGACACACAUGACCCCCCACUUCUGGCUGGGCAUGGGGCGGCCACCUGUGCGCGAGGGCUUCCACCUGACCUCGUAUGGCCGCCGGAUGCAGAUGCAGAGGCAUGUCCGCAAGGCCAUGGACCACCUCCUGCGGGGAGCCCCGGCCCUGGGCCACGCCUUGGAGUGGACGCUGGAGAAGGUGCUCCUGGUGGCCCUGCUGCCCAGGAAAGUGCAGGUCCUCUCUACCAUUGUGGCCAGUGAGACCAGCAGCUGGGACUGGGAGAAGUUAAGGACUCUGUCCCUGGAGGCCAAGUGCAAGGGCAUCACUCUGUUUGUGCUGGCCUUGGGCCUGGGCGUGGGGACCCGCGUGGCCAGCGGCCCCUCCAAACAGCAUCUGCUGCACCUUGAGGGGCUCUCGGACGCGAAGGUGGCCUAUGCCUGGGGCUUCACGCAGGCCUUCCUGAACCUCCUAAAAGGUGGAGCAAACCAGUAUCCACCCCCAGAGCUCAUUGAAGAGUGUGGAGGCCCGAGCCGAGGGGACACCUUGCUGCAACCCAUCCUGUCUGUCAAGAGGUAGGCUGAGGGCAGGGCUGGGCUCUGUCCCCUGCAGGGAACUGUCUCCCUUAGGUCACAGGCAAGCCAAUC